UAAUUUCCCCUAAUUAUAUAUUGAGCCACCAUCCCAUCCUCAGUUCUCACCAACUCAGUAUUCACGGUACCUUGCUGAGCACUAAACCACCAAGAGUCCAAAAGAGAUAAUGAGCAGAGAGAAAUCAACGGCGUCACAACCAGUGCUUCCAUGGAAGCCAAAGAUCGUGCUCUCUCUCCUUUCUGUACUAACGGACAUCUUACAGCGACCCAACGGCACCAUCAACCGCCGUUUACACGAUUUCGUGGACCUGAAGGCCAAAGCCAGAGAUAAACCCGUCAACGGCGUCAGAACCUCCGAUUUAACCGUCGACGCCACCCGAAACCUCUGGUUUCGCCUCUAUAUACCCACUGACACAACCCCCACAGGCGGCGACGGUACCCUUCCCGUCAUCGUCUACUUCCACGGUGGAGGUUUCGCCUUCUUCAGCCCCAACUCCAUUUUCUACCACGAUGUCUGCCACAGAUUCGCCCGCAAGAUUCCCGCCGUCGUCAUCUCUGUCAACUAUCGACUCUCUCCGGAGCACCGCUUUCCAUCACCGUACGAAGAUGGCUUUGAUACUCUCAAGUUCCUCGACGAGGCAAAAUUCCCCAAUUUUCCGGCGUAUGCCGAUCUCUCUAAGUGCUUUCUCGCCGGCGACAGUGCCGGAGCCAACCUUGCUCACCACUUGGCUUGCAGGAUCGGAAAAACAGAGUUCCGGAACGUGAGAGUGAUCGGCCAGAUAUCGGUACAGCCCUUCUUCGGCGGCGAAGAGAGGACGGCGUCGGAGAUCCGUCUGGGGAAGGGACAAAUGGUGGCGAUACCAAGAACGGAUUGGGUAUGGAGGGCGUUCGUGCCAGAAGGGGAGAAUAGAGACCACGAAGCGGUGAACGUGACGGGGCCGAGGGGUGUGGAUAUAAGAGGAAUGAAGUAUCCGGAGACGAUGGUGGUGGUGGGAGGUUUCGAUCCGUUGCAGGAUAGGCAGAGGGAGUUCUGUGAGUGGCUUAGAAGGUCAGGGAAAGAAGUGAAACUGAUUGAGUAUCCAAACGCAGUUCAUGCUUUUUAUUUUUUCCCUGAACUGCCUGAAGCUUCACUGUUGAUGGAGGCGGCAAGAGACUUUGUUCUUAUGGUUUCUGAUGAGGUGAGAGUUGAAGGUGACCAAAUCAAAAACUUGAUUGGUUAGAGGAGAAAAAAAUAUUACACAUUAUUAUUAUUAUUAUUAUUAUUAUUAUUAUUAUUAUUAUUAUUAUUAUUAUUAUUAUUAUUAUUAUUAUUGUUUCAUAGAUAUAUAAGUAGGAAAUCAGACCAGGUUCUUGUUCUCAUACGUUUAAAAAAGAAAAAAAAAGGCAACAUAGUACACGAGGUUCUCGUUACUGCAAGGUCUGGGAGGAGACAAAGUGUAUGUAGCUUUACCCUGCUUCGCAGAAGACCUAAUCAAAUCCUCCCACAAGAACGUUCAAAAUCUCUCAGAACGUGCCCCUAUGUCUUGAGUGUGACCCAAACCUAAACUUGAUUGUAGACUUGAAAUAUUUUGCAUGGAUUCGGCCCCUUGAGGAAUGCAAGUGGAAAUCUGGGGGUUGGGGUUGGGGUUGGGGUUGAGGUUGGACCAUCUCAGCUUUGCCACCUACCAGACUACGAGUCCACUAGAUGCCAAUUUAUUUGAUUGUCGAUUGCCAAUUCUUCUUUGUUAUGAGCUGUAUAUGUUAAAUAAACCUAGCCAGAUACAUGAGUAUAAUAAGUAUAUGGAUUUUGUGA